AUGGAGAACCAGACAUGGAGUGGAGACGUCUUACUCCUAGAGGGGUUAAAGGUCACCCCACAGUAUUCCUUUCCUGUCUUCUUCCUCUUGCUUCUUUUAUACAUCUUCAUCAUGGUGUCCAACAUUGGCCUGACAGUUCUUAUCUGCAUGGAGAGGAGCCUCCACCAGCCCAUGUAUCUGCUCUUCUGCAACCUGAGUAUCAACGACGUUUUGGGAGCUACAGCCAUCAUACCUCCCUUGCUGAGCAACAUAUUUACAGCCAGUGCCAACCGCUACAUUAGCUACAUAGGGUGUGUCAUUCAAGCAUUUUUCUUUCAUCUUCACAUUGGCACAUCACUGUCUGUUCUGAUGAUCGGCCUCUCUGUCCGUCUGUCUCGCUGCAGGAAAAAAAUAUCAUACCCUUUCUGUGACAAUGCCUCUUUAUUCAAGCUUUCUUGUGAUAGUAUCCUGAUCAAUAAUAUUUACGGCCUUGGGUACACUGUUGUCUUGCUGGGUUCAUCUCUUGGCAGCACAGUGCUAACCUAUCUAAAUAUCGCAAUUGCAUGUUUGACAAGUAAAAACCGGGUGUUAAACACACGUGCCCUGCAGACCUGCACCACGCAUCUUGCUCUGUAUCUCAUAAUGAUGGUGUCAGGUCUCAGUUCAGUUGCUCUGCACCGUUUUGCUUAUUUGGCAGAGCAAGGGAAAGUGGCUUCCAUAUUAAUUAUGGUAGUCCCUCCUGCUCUAAACGCUGUGAUCUAUGGGCUGCAAAUAAAACAGAUAAGGCAGAAGAUUGUUGCCUUGUUUAAUAAGAACAAAGUUACAUCAAUGGAAAUGCACUAA